AUGCCCACGAUCGAGCUGGACACCAACUUGCCGGUCAACCGCGUGCCCGCCGGACUGGAGAAGCGGCUCUGCGCGACCGCCGCCGCCAUUCUGGGCAAACCUGAGAACCGGGUGAACGUGACGGUGCGGACCGGCCUGACCAUGGCGCUGUGUGGAUCCACAGAACCCUGCGUCCAGCUGAUUGUCUCCUCCGUUGGCGUGGUGGGCACUGCGGAAGAGAAUCGGGGUCACAGUGCGGGUUUCUUCGAGUUCCUCACCAAGGAGCUGGCCCUAGGCCAGGACAGGAUAAUUAUCCGUUUUUACCCCUUGGAGCCCUGGCAGAUUGGCAAGGAUGGGACAGUUGUGACAUUUUUAUGACUGGCACAAAGGAUCCAGAGCACCUGGGACCUGGCUGUCCCUUCCAUGGAAUCGUUCUAGCAGUCAAGGCCGGGUGGAAUCCAGCUUCGGACACCCUUCAUACAGAAAUGCAAUUGACCUCACAAUCCUCUUCUCCAUAUCAUGCCAAAGAAAUGAAGAGAUUAUUCAAACAUGAGUUCUUUAUCUCCCUACUUCCCUACCUUGCAACCCUUGGCUACCCUUGGCAGGUGAUUUGUUUUAUAAGGAGGGACCUUAGGGAACAUGGAGGUAGGAAGUUUUCUGUCUUCAGGUCUGCUAUUUGAUAUAUUUACAGUGCUGAAAUGUGGGGUGAGUGGCUCAGUCUGCAGGUUCUGUUCUUUGUACCCAAGUGGAGUCAUGGGGGCAGCUAAUCUGUCCUGGAACUUCCAGUAUACUCUGCUGAUAUCCUGUGGCUCUUGUUCUCUGCUUGCGGUGGCCUGGGCUGUUCACUAUCUACAAAAGCCCUGCUUAGUAGGGAAACAGGGAUGGCCAGACUUCAGAAAGCUUCUCCAGUCAUUCUAAAAAAAGUAACAUUCUCUCUUGAGUCUUGCUGAGAAUUCUCUGAAUGUGUGCACUUUGCAAAAUCAUGUCCCAACAUGCCAACUGGAAAUUUAAUAUCUGCCACUGGAAACUGAAUCAAUGUCCCUUCCCCCCAUCAGCAUACCAUAUCAAGCUUUGCAUUUCAGAGUUUGUACAGGCAAGCUAUAGAAGCCCAAAGGAAGUCUCCAUCUCAGUAGCUUUCCAGAUGUUCCUUGUACUGGUGGGUGCUAUUUCCCUGCACAGUUAAAUAUUUGGUGAUCCUUUCAUACACUUGUGAAAUAUCAAAUUGAAACUCAUUCUGUGCAGUCUACACAGCUAGUAAGGUGAGUUUCCAAUGGAAUAUGCCUAUCCUUGCUGCAUUUGUACCUAACCACUACUGAGGCCUCUCAUUUAAAACUAGAUCUUGCAGUUCCUUCCCCUGGCUCAUUCCAAUUGUUUCUGUACAGUCUUUCUUCUGCCAAGAUGUUUUGUGAGUGUACCUUUUCCCAGAGUGGCUUAAGGAAUUUUUGUGGGUUGAAUGUGAAUGAAUGGUUACAGAGCCUGAAGAUGGAAUUGGGGUCUCUCAGCAGGAUCAUAACAUGGUCAUAACAAUCUCCUAUAUUAAGCCUAUUAAAAGCCACUGUAGUAAGAGUGAUAUCAGCUGCUGGCUUUUGUGGAUUGGUCCUGCCCCACUUUGGCCCUGCCCUUUGCCUCCUGGUAAUACUGUGCUGUCCUAUAAUGUCUUUCAUCUUUGAACCCUGACCAUGCAGUUACCUGCUGCCAUGAUAUCCCUUCCUACCUUAUAUCUAAGGACUCACUCCAAUGCAUCUUUCAAAUACAACUUUUAUGGUUGAGAGCUGGAUUAAAGGUGCAUAAUAUCCCUACAACUUUGUAACCAUUUGUUUCCGUUCUG